AUGGAUACCCCAUCCUCCGGCACCGUUGACCUAGAGCGCGGUGGCGGCGCGGUUCGCAAACGUUUGACUCUUACCUUUCGAAACUUGAAUGUCCGAGUCACGGCCCCCGAUGCAGCCCUAGGCGAGACCCUAUUGUCCUAUGCCGACCCACGACAACUCCUAGACGUCUUUCGCAGCAGUCGACAAAACAAACGGACAAUUUUGAAGGACAUCAAUGGACAGGUCAAACCUGGUGAAAUGCUGCUAGUGUUGGGUCGGCCUGGCGCCGGAUGCACUUCUUUCCUUCGUGUACUUUCAAAUGACCGAGAUGCGUUCGAUGAAGUAAAUGGUGAAACUCGAUACGGAAGUAUGGACCACAAAGAGGCAAGAAAGUUCCGACAGCAGAUCAUGUUCAACAAUGAAGACGACAUCCACUUCCCAACAUUGACGGUCAACCGAACCAUGAAGUUUGCUCUGAAGAACAAGGUCCCUAGAGAGCGUCCCGAGCAUCUCCAGGAGAAACAGGAAUAUAUCCAGGGCACGAGGGACGGCAUCCUGGAGUCGCUGGGAAUCGCGCAUACCAAGAAGACGCUAGUGGGAAAUGAGUUCAUCCGCGGCGUAUCUGGUGGAGAGAGAAAGCGUGUAUCUUUGGCUGAAGUAAUGGCUGGUCAGAGUCCCGUCCAGUUCUGGGAUAACCCAACUCGUGGUCUUGAUUCUAAGAGUGCAGUCGAAUUUGCACGUCUUCUACGCCGUGAAGCGGAUGAGAACGACAAGACCAUGGUGGCCACCAUGUACCAGGCAGGAAAUGGUAUCUACGAUGAAUUUGACAAGAUCCUAGUACUUGCAGAAGGGAGAGUCAUUUACUACGGCCCCAGAACUAUGGCACGAGCGUACUUUGAAGAUAUGGGAUUCAUUGUUCCAAAAGGUGCCAACAUUGCCGACUUUCUAACCUCCGUUACUGUGCUUACGGAACGCAUUGUCCAACCGGGGUUGGAGGAGAAGGUGCCCAAUACUCCCGAGGAGUUCGAGUCUCGCUAUUUGGCAAGCUCUAUCAAUGCCCAGAUGCUGGAUGCUAUUGAGCCACCAGAAAAGCUUACCCACGAGAAAGACGACCUGGAAAUGGCAGUAGCGAACGAAAAAAAGAAGAAGCAUCUUCCACGUCCUCAGAGCGUGUACACAACGAGCCUUUGGGACCAAAUUGGUGCUUGUACAAUUCGGCAAUUCCAAAUCAUGGCAGGUGAUAAACUUUCUCUUAUUAUCAAAAUUGUCUCGGCCAUUCUUCAAGCACUAGUCUGCGGCAGUAUUUUCUAUGAUCUCAAGCUGGAUAGUUCCUCUAUCUUCCUUCGCCCUGGUACACUUUUCUUCCCAUGCCUCUACUUCCUUUUAGAUGGCUUGUCAGAGACAACCGGUGCAUUCAUGGGUCGUCCUAUUCUCACCCGCCAAAAGCGCUUUGGCUUUUACCGUCCGACAGCGUUCUGCAUUGCCAAUGCUAUCACAGAUGUACCUGUCGUGAUGGCGCAGGUUUCCUGUUUUUCAUUAAUCUUGUACUUCAUGUCCGCGUUACAGAUGGAUGCAGGCAGGUUCUUUACCUACUGGAUUAUGCUUGUCGCUCUUACUCUAUGCUUUAUGCAGCUCUUCCGGGCGGUUGGUGCGUUAUGCAAGAAGUUUGGAGUUGCAUCCAUGAUCUCGGGAUUGUUGUCCACAAUCUACUUCGUCUACGGCGGUUAUCUUAUCCCCUUCGAGAAAAUGCACGUCUGGUUCCGCUGGAUCUUCUACCUCAACCCCGGUGCAUAUGCUUAUGAGGCACUCAUGGCUAACGAGUUCUCUGGGUUGAAACUUGAUUGCAUCGCACCUGACUAUAUCCCCUAUGGUCCAGGGUACCCCGACUCAUCAUCCGCCUACCGUGGCUGCUCUGUGUUGGGCAGCGAUGAAAAUGGACUGAUUGAUGGGGCCGCAUACAUUCGCGAACAGUACCACUACUCCUUUGGUCAUAUCUGGCGCAGCUUCGGUGUCAUCAUUGGCAUGUGGGUGUUUUUCAUUGCUCUUACCGCCUUCGGCUUCGAAAAGCUCAACAGUCAGGGCGGGUCAUCGGUGCUCCUCUAUAAGCGCGGAAGUCAGAAGGGCACGCAAGAUGUAGAAAACAGGCAGCAGGCCACGUCUGAGCCAACAGCAAAUGUUGGUGCUCUUUCAACUACCGCCAAACAGUCGACGUUCACCUGGAACAAUCUCGAUUAUCAUGUCCCAUUCCACGGUGAGAAAAAGCAGCUUCUGAAUCAAGUGUUUGGUUAUGUAAAGCCCGGUAACCUCGUCGCACUUAUGGGUUGCUCCGGUGCAGGGAAGACUACGUUGCUGGACGUUUUGGCACAGCGGAAAGAUAGCGGUGAGAUCCAUGGAUCUAUCCUAAUUGACGGCCGUCCUCAAGGGAUUAGCUUUCAGCGAACCACAGGAUAUUGUGAGCAGAUGGAUGUCCACGAAGCAAGUGCGACAGUCCGGGAAGCAUUGCAAUUUUCUGCUCUUCUCCGUCAGCCUGCAUCGGUUCCUCGCGAAGAGAAGCUGGCAUAUGUGGAUCACAUCAUUGAGCUACUGGAACUGAGCGACAUCAGGGAUGCUCUGAUUGGCAUCCCCGGAGCUGGUCUCAGCAUUGAGCAGCGGAAGAGAGUCACACUAGGUGUUGAACUAGUCGCAAAGCCGAGUCUACUAUUUCUCGACGAGCCUACAUCCGGUCUCGAUGGUCAGUCUGCAUAUAAUAUCGUUCGAUUCCUGAGAAAACUAGUAGACGGCGGUCAAGCAGUCUUGUGCACCAUUCACCAACCGUCUGCUGUGUUGUUUGAUGCCUUCGAUUCGUUGCUCCUCCUGGCGAAGGGUGGUAGAAUGACGUACUUCGGCGAGACUGGCAAGGAUUCCGUUAAGGUACUGGACUAUUUCGCAAGGAACGGUGCUCCCUGCGAGGCCGAUGUCAACCCAGCCGAACAUAUCGUCGAGGUUAUUCAGGGAAACACUGAGAAGAGCAUUGACUGGGUUGAAGUGUGGAAUCAAUCUGAGGAGCGCCAGCGAGCCAUGGCUGAACUGGAAGCUUUGAAUAACGACCUGAAGCAGAACACACAGGAGGAGGAAGACCAAUCUGACUUCGCAACUUCUUACUGGUUCCAAUUCACAAUGGUCUUGCGCCGUCUCAUGGUCCAAUUAUGGCGGUCACCAGAUUAUAUCUGGAGCAAGAUGAUUCUGCAUAUCUUCGCAGCUCUGUUCAGCGGUUUUACCUUUUGGAAAAUGGGUAACGGCACGUUUGACCUCCAACUUCGCCUUUUUGCUAUCUUCAACUUUGUUUUCGUCGCCCCAGGAUGUAUCAACCAGAUGCAACCAUUCUUCUUGCACAACCGGGAUAUUUUCGAGACCCGCGAAAAGAAGUCCAAAACAUACCACUGGCUCGCUUUUAUCGGCGCCCAAACCGUCUCGGAAAUUCCGUAUCUCAUCAUAUGCGCGACGCUCUACUUCGCAUGCUGGUACUUCACUGCAGGCUUCCCUGUCGAGGCUAGCGUCUCUGGUCAUGUAUAUUUACAGAUGAUCUUUUACGAAUUUCUCUACACAUCGAUUGGCCAAGCCAUUGCCGCAUAUGCACCAAACGAAUACUUUGCCGCCAUCAUGAACCCUAUCAUCAUCGGUGCUGGCCUGAUUUCUUUCUGUGGUGUCGUUGUCCCAUACUCGCAGUUGCAGGCCUUCUGGCGCUACUGGAUGUACUACCUGGACCCAUUCACGUACCUAGUCGGGGGGCUUCUGGGUGAGGUCCUCUGGGACGUGAAGGUGGAGUGCAAAGCAUCCGAGCUUGUAAAUUUCAGCGCGCCAUCCGGCCAGACGUGCGGCCAGUACAUGGCCGACUUUCUUAGCGAGCAAACGGGCUAUCUUCUCGACCCGAACUCGACCUCUACCUGCUCGUUCUGUCAGUACUCUACUGGAGCGGACUAUGCCAAGACCUUCAACAUGAAGGAGAAGUACUAUUCUUGGAGAGAUACUGGUAUUACUGCACUCUUUUGCAUCAGUUCUUAUGGACUCGUGUUCUUGAUGAUGAAGUUGAGGAGUAAGAAGACCAAGAGUGCGAGAUCGGACUAG